CACUUACUUAUUUUCUGUUCCUUGCUAAACUAGUACAGAAAAACUGAUUUUUUUUGUUCGGUUAACAAACUGCUGAGGUUGUAAAGAUGUUGGAGUGUUCUGAAGGAAGCAACAAAACUCCAUCAGACUUCCCAUAUACUUUCACCGAGGAUGGACAUCUCUGUCAUGUAGAAACUCUGAAACCCUACAAGUUCUCAUUCCAGCUCAGCGACGUCCAAGCGACUAUGAGGGAACACGCGUCUCUUUGUUCCUACAUCUCCCAACGUGUCUACACCCUCCUCGAGAAAGAGUAUAACCUGAUCAAGGUGUACCUGGAUGAAGGAAGCCUAUGUGAUUCCCAUCCCUCUGGUUUUGUCUACAUGAGUCCCGAGGCUUUAAGACAUCGUGGGAUGCUACUGGUCCUGAUCCAGGAUAAAGGUACUAUAAGGUGUGGCGUGUGGAGCUGGAGAGCUGUAGCCCAUGAAGGCUUGGAAAGUGGCAGUCAGAUCCCAUAUGUGCGCUGGGCUUUGGGAGAGACCCAUGCUGUUUUAUUGAUGAACCCCAAUGAAGGAGUGACGACCCCAGAGGAGCACGUGCACCAAGUGUGGGAUCAGUUGCUUUUGAAUAGCGCUGCAGAACAAAUCGCCGUAGUGGCACAUGGUUACGGAGGUUUAGCUUUUGUUCAGCUUCUGUGCUGUCGGUUGGAGGAGAUCCGACAGAGGAGAUGUGCGGUGGCCUUCGUCGAUUCUUCGCACAGUCUGUGGCAUCAGCCACUCGGAAGCUCAGGGCGUGACUGGAUUAAGGUACAUUCCAGUACAUGGAUACUGAGCAGCAAGCCAAAGAAUCGGCUGGUGGGAUCUCUCAAGGCGGGGUGCAGAAUGAUGUCGGCAGGGACACAGUGCCACGAGACGGCGCCUGCUGUGUGUAUGGAAUCGAUAUUUCGGUUCUUUGCCAAACUGAUGCGACCGGUAGCCGAGCCGACGCCGUUUGGGAUCGUCACUAGAAGCAGGAGCCUCGGCGCGAGAAAGCUAAGCGACACACCUGACCCGAACAAUAAUACAUCCUUAAUGUGAAUGCUUAUCUAGUAUGUAGAAUUUAAUAGGAUGAGCAUCAUUACAACAGUAAAUGCAGUGUAUAAUGUGUGGUGGAAAUGUGCUUAUUAAACAACUGCAUGUACA